AUGGGUUUCCUAGAUGAACCUUUCGAACCUGGAACCCCUCCCCCAAGUUGGUCACCAGCGAGGCCAGAUUUUUGGAAAAAACCGUCUAAAUGGCAGAUCUGUAUGCCGCGCUUGACGAUUCUAGUCAAGCUCCUCGCAACAUUCUUUGGCUUUGUCCUGUUGGUCAAAUUGAUAGGCCAGAAAGCGGAGCCUUCACCUAGAUCACUACCCGAACCACCCAAAGCCCCCUCCGAGGGCGACAUGAAGGCAGCUGCGGACAAGAUCCCCUGGAUAUGGAAGGAUUUUACAACACACGAUGGUCUGACGCGGGGGACCUCGCAUCUACGAACCUGCCAGACGGGGGAAGUGGACUGCAAGAACAAACACCCUCGCCAGAUCCGAUACGACGGCCUGGCCCACUCCCAAGAGGAUCCAUCUCACAUUUUAUCAUGCCUCGGUCCUAGAGGGCUGCCUUUGAAUGAAAGCGAUGGAGAUGCUAUCUGGGCCUAUCCAGGUCGCGCAGUCGGUGCCGUUGAUCCCAUCCUCGGUUCAUACGAAGCUGCUGGUCUUGAUGGCGAUGUGUCUUUUGAUCGCCUAGGUCGUCUACAGGCUUAUGGUCUCGAGCAAUUCGAUGCUACCGACCUGGAAGAUCUAAAGAAAUCGAGCGACGUCGACUGGGACUCUGUUGAAUGGGGGGAAUUACAGGAUGGUUGUGUGCUACUCAAUAAACAACGCUUCAAAACCGUCAAAGAGAGACCACAAAACUCCAUUCAAUACUCGAACCUUCGCCACAAGCACGACGGAGCAAGGCCGAACGCUCCACCUACCAGCCUGGAACCCGCUCUCGUAAACAAAGUGAAGCGAACCGCCAUUCUCAUCAGGGUGUGGACCGGCGCAAAAUGGACCGCUGAUGCAGUCAUGAACAUACGAGCAAUGAUUGCCGAAGCAUCUCUCGCCAGUGGGGGGAAGUAUCAAGUCUUCCUUUUACUCCAUGUCAAAGAUGAGGGUGUGCCACUAUUCGUGGGAGAAGAUGAGCCCCAGGCGACGAUCAACAAGCAUAUUCCACCCGAGUUCCGAUCCAUUACCGAAGUGUGGAACCAUGCACAGAUUCGCAGUCUGUACUCGAAUCUGGCACAGCAUGCCUUUGUCGGCCGGUCACCAUGGAUGAUUGUCCAAUGGUUUGCCCGCAACCAUCCAGAGUUCGAUUUCUUCUAUCAAUGGGAAUUCGACGUCAGAUACACUGGCCAUUACCUGGAUUUUUUCGAGGGUGUUUCCAAUUUUGGCAGGAAGCAGCCAAGGAAAGGGAUUUGGGAACGUGCUGGCAGAGUCUACAUCCCUUCCGUACACGGCGACUUUGAAACCCAAUUCAGACAGUCCACUCUGGAAGCCGACCCUCAUCAUGUAUGGGGGCCUGUGUCCGUCGAGGGUGUCAAACCGCGUGGUCCGAAACCACCGGUGAAGGAGAUCGAGGACAACUACGAGUGGGGAGUUGGUGAAGACGCCGACUGGAUCGGUUUCCUUCCCAGUUUCAAUGUCACUGCGACUAACUGGUGGUUUCGUGAUUACCUUUGGGGCUACGCUCAAGGUAAAUCGACUCCGAGGAGAGCUACCUUGAUCGCCCAAGGACGAAUCAGUCGACGAGUGCUGGAGAUCAUGAAUUACGAAAAUGCAGAGAAUGGUCAUCAUAUGGAUGCCGAAAUGUUUCCGCAGUCCAUGUGCCUUCAUCACGGGCUCAAGUCGACCACAUUCCCCCAUCCAAUCUUUGCUGAUCGUCACUGGCCUGCGGAAGCACUCCAGUCGACGUUCAACGGCGGUCCAUUUGGACAAGCUGGUGGGCACUGGAAUAGCAGUUUCAGUAAAUGGAACGAGCACGCGUGGACUAACAUGACAUGGUAUUACAGUUCUGCCCAAGCUAUGCCUAUUUACCAAAGGCUGUUGGGCAUCACCGCCCUUGAGAGUGGUGGGUCAGAAUGGGAAGACGCAUACGGACGAACCGUGGUUCGACCUAUGCUACUGCACCCUGUGAAGGGGGCAAAGUCAUGGUUAUGGACGGAGGGCGAAUGGUUGCAAACCAAAGGUGGCAAGUAA